CGAAAGGAGGUCGCUAUGCGGAGAUAAUGAAAUCAUUUUGAAUCUUUUUGUAUGGAUCAUGGAUUAGCUGGGUAACUGGGAUAUACACAUGGGGAAGGGACCGCGAGGGAGCGAAUCCAAUAUGUCUCGAGGACACGGUAUCCGUCGUUAUAGAGGUCACAUCGGAAAUGAAAACUACACAAAACUCCAAAGAAGUGUUAAGGACAUAAAAAGAAAUCUUUCCGUAGAUCAUAUUCUGGACGACUUAAUCAGCCGUGAAGUCUUGUCUAUUGAGGAUGGCUUGGAAAUUCGCAGGAAGGAAAUAAACCAUACAAUGGCGGAUGGACUGAUAGAAAAACUUAUAUAUGUAGGUGAAGAGGGAUUCCACAUUUUUGUUGAUGUUCUUCACAAGAACGGUUAUGGAUAUUUGUUCGAUUCUGAGUACCCUGGAAUCACGCAAAAUUCACCUACAGAAUCCUCAGAUCUCACUUCUUUCCCAGAACACAGCCAUUCGCACCAGGUUAAGUUUUCCGACCAAAUACAACAGCAGUUUCAUUCCCAUAGUCCAACACAAUCAUCUGUAGGGUCAAUACAAAAACCACAUGGCCCCUCGAUUCUUACAAAACCCAGGGACUUACCGCUAGAAAGGCGAUCUGAUUUACCUUUGGCUAAAACUAUGAAUGUGGCGGACACUCCGAGUCCUGGCAAAGACGACGAUGACUAUGAUGACGUCGAUGAAGUGGAUUAUGAUGAUUGUAGAGUUGGGUCGAAGACAGACAACAUAAUUCUGUCACAUCCUAUACCGUACAGAGGAAGUCCAGUAUUAUUUGAUGGUUGGUACCCAGUAAAGAACAUGGAUCAUCGGCUCCGAGAGUACCCGGGAUGUCACCCAGACGUCGAAGAAAGAAAUAUAAAACGAAUCAUUAGAGAAAACAAAGCGAGAGAUGGCGAUUACGUCAUUUGGUACAGCCAAAAACGUGAACUUCUAAUAGUCACGAUCAUAAACACAUCUUCACCAAAAGGUAGAUAUCACUACAAAGUAAAGAGAAGACGAUCGGGAUCAGGGAACCGGGUCACUUACCGCUUCAGUUCUCAGAUGGAGACGCCAUCUGUCAUAGAACUCCUGGAGUAUGUUAACGCAGAGGGGCUCCCCCCGCCUGUACAGAAAAGCCACUCCGUCAAGGGAAGCAGUUCAAAAUAAGAAUAAAUUAGCAGACAAGAUUUUAUGGAAAAGGAGCAAUCCAUAAAUAAUUUUGGCAGGAAGGAUUUUGAUACACAAUAUUUACUAGACUAUAUUAUGUGUCCUGUAGUAUGUACAUAUGGAAAACCUGUAAAUGUUGCAGAUAUCAUUUUCCUUGAUUACAGGGUUUAAUGCAUUUUUUCAGAUAUUUUUGGGUGUAUAUUGGGAUUAUUUUAAAAGAAUUUGCUCCCCCGAAAAAACCAAAGUCAAACCGUUAGACAAUCCAAAGGCAUUUGACGGGUCUUGGUAAAAGAUUUCCAAGAUUGUCUUUGUCACUGAUUUUACCCUUCAAACAUUUCUGCUCUUGUAAAUAUUCUAAAAUUCCUGCAACCCUUCAUUAGAAUGGAACAAUUACUUUAUUAAGGCAAGGCAAAAGCUUUCUUGUCAUAUAUAGCAAAGAUCAGUCGCAUGCAAAAACAAUAGUUUUAUAGCAUAUUUACAUUAAAUGGAAAAUAUAAUUUCGUAGGACUUCAGUGAAUUGUUGCACAUGUUAUUUGGUGUGAAAAUAAAUGUUACUUGUUUCAA